UACAUUAGAAAAACCGCGUCGAAUCAUCUAUUCGCUUUUUCUAUUCACUCUUCAAUGAUUCACACGAUAUCGUCGACGUUGUCGUUCUCGUUCUUUUCGUUGUCGUCAAUCAUGACGAUACCUGCUCCAGCUCCGGUGGAGUCAGUACGGAAAGCGCGACUAUGGCAAGUGGGCGUAAGAGCCGGGAGAGAGAACGUCGUCCUGUGUUCCAUACAUGGCUAUGCUAUGUGGAAACCAAGAGACACAGAGACGAACGGACCGACAUGGACCGGGGGAGUCCCCACCGUGUGGACGGUGGAGGCAACGCGACGGUUUCUCGUCUCUCGAAGCGGUUGCCGAGCAUGCUCUUGACGCAUAGUGCUUCGAAGCACACAUAUCGUACCAUCAUCCUACUAUUAUUGUUCGCGCGUUCAUGUCACCGCGCGUUUCCUUCGAACAUGCGAUACCAAUUUUCCAUAUGAUUCGACAAAACGUCCGACCAAUUAUGCGUUAUGUAUAUGUGUGAUAGUGUAUAUCCUGGUGAACGCAUUUCAACCAUCAUCGUUGAAUGUUGAGAUCGUCAAUUUUGUGCUAUAAGAGGAGAUUCCUCGGCAAGACUUGAUGUGCAACAAUUAUGCGGCGCUAUAUCGCGAGGGAUAAAGUACUGAAGAGUCGAAAUACUGCCAAACGUGACAGCUAGGACAUAAGGAAGAACUCGCACUCUUGAAGAAGGGAUAUGGUAACAAAAAACGUCUAAGGAUCCUUGAAGAUUAUUCGUUAUUAAUAUAGCACGAUGCACUCGCCGCAAAUACUUGACCGGCGUGGGUGCUACUGGGUUCCUCCUCCGCUUUAAGACCGAGGUCAGGUGUGGGAGGGUGCAAGGGUUGGCAACACGCUCGAGGAGACUGACAUAUUACAUAUUAGAGAAUGCCGAAAUUAUUUCGAGACCUACUCGUCUUAACAUUGAUAAUGAUAGCGUCAUGUUUCGACGCAAUAGAGGACAAUGUCACAACGACAAUGGAGUCGAUUACAUUGAUGGCAACAUCGACGGCUGCAUUCAUAAGGACAACGACCACCGAAGAAAAUGCAUUGUUGCCAUCGGCGACUAUGACAACGCAAGACAAUGGCAUCCCGAAAAAUCUAUCCCACGCAUCACCAUCACCGCCGCCGUCAUCGUCGCCAUCGCCGUCAUCUUUCUCUGACACUGUGUGGGAAUGCCCGAAUAUCACAAAAGCAGGCGUAGAGUGUUCUUGUGACUUUCCACAUACGCUUAGAUGUGCCGGUGAUAGAACGGCACUGCAGACUAUCAGCGAGCAUUUGAAACAUAGUCAACCGGACACAAUAUCAUUGCUGGAUGUAACUGUGACAGGAAUUUCUGAGUUGCCGGCACAUUUCCUCGAAGAUGUCGCACUUCAUGGAUUAGUUGUUUCCACUGGAGAGUUGCGAUACGUUCAUGAUAACGCAUUUACAGCUCUGGCGCGACCAUUACAAGCGCUAGGACUGCCCAGCAAUCUCUUAGCUUCAGUUCCCACAAUCGCACUAUCACAUCUAGUUGGUCUGGACCGAUUGGAUCUAUCUCAUAACAAAUUAAAGACAUUGGAAGCGGAUUCAUUCAAGGGAUUGUCAAAUUUGACUUAUCUAGACUUAUGUGACAAUCUGCUGUCACAAUUGUCGCCGCAAGUUUUUUUAACAUUGCCGGCAUUACGUUCGCUAAGAAUGCGAGGAAAUCGCCUGAGUGUCUCCGCCUUAUCUGCAUUGAGAGGUCUGAAACGCUUGGAAGAGCUAGAUCUUUCGAACAAUUUAUUGCUGGGUCCGAUGGGUCCCAAUCUAUUGCCACAAAUGCCCAAACUACAUUUCCUUACAGUCUCAGAAAACAGUCUCGUUAAUGUCCAACAAGGAGCUCUCAUGGGGCUCAGAAAUCUUACUUAUCUCAGUUUGAGUCACAAUCAAAUUGAUGUGUUAGAGGAUCAUUCGUUUAAGUAUCUAUCGACUUUAACACGACUGGACCUGGCAAACAACCGUAUCGUCGCCGUGUCUAGUGCUUCCUUGGCUCAUUUAGAAAAAUUAAUUUAUUUAGAUUUGACGCACAAUUUUUUGCGUGCGUUGACGGCCGAUCUGGUGGUACCAUUGAAAAAUUUACAGGAUCUACGAUUAGAUGACAAUGACAUCACAAUUGUAGCUAACGAUGUGUUAACAUCAAAGCUGCAUCUCAAAAGGCUCUCUCUCGCUGACAAUCCAUUAAAUUGCGAUUGUACCUUGCUGGAGUUAGCUAAUUGGCUGACAAACUCCAGCCUAACAGAAGAGGACAAGUCAUCGGCAGUAUGCGCAACACCACCUGCCUUGGAAAACGGUAUCCUAAUGCAAGUACCGCCGGGCAGUCUACUUUGCGGUGAGCCCACACCACCCAUGAUGACCCGAGAACAUCCGGCAGGUACACAACUAAGUCUCAAAGAAUUUCACUACGAUCAAUCAACCGGUAUCAAUUUAUUGUGGCAUGUGGAACAGUGCGCUGAACGUUACACUUGCGAUUCGCUUAUCGUUUACGAAACAAUUGAUGAUAGCGAGAUUCAAACAGAGUCCAGCCCGCUACAUUGUGAUUCCCGAAUGAUGCGAGAUCCCUGCAUCCUACCGGUCACCAUACCGGCCUCUCUGCAUCUACAAUUGCAUCACAAAUAUCGUUAUUGUGUAGUUUUAUUGAUACCCAACGUUUAUGAUGAUGUAUCUCUUGGUCUAGGUUGUAGCGACGUUAUCGUUUUAGAAACGACUCAGCAGCGAAUAGCGACAGAAGAUCAGUACGCAAAAGAAGAGAAUUCUCGUUCUCCAACGUCUACGCAAAUAUCUCUUGAUUCCUAUUCACGGAUCACUGGUGUUCACGUAAAUGUAUCUGAUGAUAAAAGCUAUUUGCAUAUCGACGUAAUUCUUUCCAAAACAAAAGACAGGAUUAUUGAUUCAUCGUCAACCUGCCAAUUAUCAAUCUUCGUAUUCAACGAGAUCUCCGUAGUCCAUCGACAGAGACUCAAUUGUAGCUCCGUAUCCGUCAUCGAUGUGGAAGUGUCAUUGUCGGGUUAUUACAGGGUAUGCGCUAGUUUGGAUGAGCUCACCAAUAUUAUUGUGAUGUCUGGUAACUUGGUAGAUGAUCGCGAGAGAUUCCGUUGCGUUGAAUUAGUCGAACAGAGUUACAGCAGGCGGAACAUUGAGAUAUUUAUCAUAAUGGCCGUGAUUGCUGCUACCGGUGUUCUCCUUGUUCUUCUUGCCAUACUCGGCAGAAAUCUUGUAAGACGUCUCCGACAUCCAAGGAUACAGGCACAAUGCUUUUUGCCGGCCCAGGAGUUUGAAAUUACUCACAAAGCUCAUUAUAUUAAACUCCUAGCAACGACGAAAGUUUAACAAGGAAGGUAUUGAUGACAAAUUCAACAUUGUUUUUAGAAUUCUAGAUUCAGAAUUUAUAAGAAUUUUUUCAGAAAUGGAGAUAUAGAAGCAAAACCACAUUUUCUCUUUCUCUCUGACGAAAUAUUAAAUUGUGUAAUUUUAUUUUACACUUUGCAAACUGCAUUAUUUCUAAACAAGAAUUACACAUAAUAAAAACUGAUUAACUUUAGCG